AUGGCGACAAUACUGUUUCGAAGUGUCUUGUUCGUGAUUUUAUCGAUAUAUGUGUUUGGAGACGAAAUCGAAAUGGAAGUACAGAGCGGAGCGAUCAUGAAGAUGUUAAGGGAAAUGGUUAACCAGACAGCUUCGGAUUCAUUAAAUUUACCGGCGAACUCGACGUCUAUCAGAGAAAAUAUUACUGACACAUUUAGCUGCGAGAAUCGAACCUACGGCUACUACGCUGAUGUGGACAAUGACUGUCAGAUCUUCCACGUGUGUCUUCCGUCACAGACACCCUCUGGGCGCAACGUCACGUUUAAAUGGAGUUUCAUUUGUCCCAAGGAAACUGUUUUUAAUCAGGAAGUAUUAGUUUGCACAAGAGAAAGAGAUUCAAUCCCAUGUGAAGAAUCACCAGAUUUCUACGACCUGAACAUGGAAAUAGGUAAAAUAGCUAAUCCAGAUAUUAUAAAAGAAGAAGAAGUUAAAAAGGAAACUGAAAACGUUCCAACAAAGAAAGAAAAUCGACAACCGAGUCGUAAGAAGCAGAAUAUCAUCAUGCAAGCUUUAUUAAAAGAAGCUGAACCAAUCGAAGAGCUGAUAGACGAAGUGCUAACUGAUGAAACAACAGCUAAAUCUGAUAUAGAACUGGAUACAAACGAAUCUAAGCCUCAGCUUGAAGAAUUUAAGAUUGAAAUUGAUGAGAACACAAGACUGGGGACUGAGAGAAGUCUGAAAAGAACGGGACGGAAAAUUUCACGAGGAACAAUGAAGUUCAGAUCUGAUAUUUGAAUUGAUUUCAUUAAUUUCCAUCAUCAUCAUCAUUUGACGUUAUCCGCUGUCAUGUAAA